AUUGACCGUUCUCAAGCAGAUAAGUGAACAAAAUGCAUAGCAUCGGAAUACUCAGUAUGCUCUUUAUCGCUCUGGCAGUAGUAGUCUGCCUGAGAGUGAACGAAUUCGUGGCUAUGCCACUGUCCAUAUCCAAGCCGAAUCGUGGGAAUUUCGCAUCCACACCAGUGGCGGAGGCUAAGAUUGAAACCAGCACGGAACGCGGACGGGGGAACCUGAGCCUGGUUAGCAAUGAUAAGGUCUGGGGCAUAUGGAUGAAUCAGAAACCCCACAGGAAGAUACAAAAGAUGAUCGAGGCCGGCUUGCUCGCCGGUGGCGUCACGGGGAACACAACCAAUACACCCACCACACGCCACACAACCAGCCACACAGCGGACAGCACCAUCAAGCUAGCAAUGAAUUCUAGUGUACCGACGAUGAAUGAUUUGAGACUUUUUGAAGGGCCUGUAAGCGUGAGAGCAGGCGCUGGAGGAGGCGGGGGAGACGGUGGAGGCGGUGAAGGCGGCGGAGGCGGCGAAGGCGGCGGAGAAGGCGCACAUAGACCUGGCGGCAAGGAGCUAACCGUGAAAAUUCCAAUGGUUAAAAAGAAUCAGUACGGUCAGUGGGUGUUCGAUCCAUGGGCCGCCACCUUUGGGGUCAUGUUUUUAGAUACUCGCUUCGCCGCAAGGGCCGCUCACACUCUGCCACGGGUGGUCGUCGACUCGAAUCCAAUCAUAGAAUACUUUCCGCGCAAAAAGAAAUUGGAGCAAAUCUGUGCUAACAAGAGCACCAUUUACAAAGUUGACCUUGUCAAUGACUGGCUAAUGCGCCACCUCUCCAAAACGAAGUUCAAGUUUCGACCCUUCCAAAUUGGCUUGCGGAGGACAGCGUAUAAUACAGGAUUUUCCGAGUUGUGCCACACCGAAUUGUACAACGAACUGGUCGAUUACCUUCUGUGCCAGAUACUACGCAAUCAGAGAAUGGAAUCUGUGCUACCCAAGUAUUCAUUACAGCAGAUAGCCAUAUCCUAAUCUCCAUGAACCAUUACGAUUACAUUGCGAUAGAGCAUAUGCAUACCCACUCAAAUAAAAUGUGAAAUAAAACGGUUA